AUGCAAACAAGAAGUAUUGAUCGACUUCUUUUAUGCAUAUCAAAUUGUCUUAUUUUUUUCGCUUGUUUACACGAUUUAUUCGUUGUCAAAUAUCGUACUGAUAUUCAUUUAAUAUCACGUUGGAUAUUAAUUGCUGUUGUCAUAUUCUACAUAAUAUUGUUUUUCUUAACUCGUGUAUCAUCCUAUUUAUUUUCAAAAACAUUUAUAUUUUCAACAUCAUUUCUUCUAUCAUUAUGUUUAUCAUUGUCAACAUUUACAUUAAUAACAAAUACAGUAUCAUCGACAACAAAUUUUGUUUUAUUUAAUUUUUUAUUAAUCUUAUCAAUAAUAUGUUCAUUCCUAUCAAAUCUAAUACGUUUAUUAAAUAAUACAACAUUUUAUUUUAUUCAUUAUAAUGAAUUAGCUGAAUUCAUAGGCUACUGUUUUGGUUUAUAUAUAACAGUUCAAUCAAUAUCCGUUUAUUAUUUAUUAUUAUCAUUGUUUUUAUUAAUAAUAACAUUGCGUUUACGCGCAUUUCAUGGUUUCAUACUUUUAUUAUUCAAUUUAGGAUAUUUUUACAAUUAUUAUACACCAUAUUCUUAUAUAGCUUGCUUUUGCUUUCUUUUACGUUUAAUUGGAAGACCUAUUAUUGAACUUUAUUUUAUUUCUUUAACAUCACUUGAACGUUGGAUUUUAUUGUUACAUUUAUCAAGCUCAUAUCGAGUUUUAUUUCAACGUUUUAUGAUAUUGAUCUAUUGUUUAUUACCAUUACAUAGUAUUUAUAUUAUUGGACAAACAGUUCGUUUUCAUAAUGAAUGGUUUAUAAUUGUACCAUUAUUUAUCAUUAGUAUAGGAAUAUGGUUUAUAUUUCGUUCGCUAACAUGUAGUUUACUUUGGAUGUUAUCCAACAAAUUAAUUGAUUGUUAUUUAACUAUGACUCAAGCGAAUAAUGCCGAUGAACAUCAUAAAAUUUCAUUUACGAAAUUAAUGGCAUCAAGAGGUAUUCGAUAUUUUGGUCUUAUUGCUUGGCCAAUGCUUGUAUGUUCAACAAUAUUAACAUGUUUCAUUAGUUUAUUACAUUAUGAUACAUGUACAACUUAUUCUCUUGUAUUAUUUCUUUUAACAAUCGAUUUUGAAUGCUUGGUCUUGGCACUUGUCAAGCAGUUAACAUCAAUUGUUGGUGGAUCAUGCGUUGGUUAUGCAUUAGUUGAACCGGCCGUUGAAGCGAGAGAUUGGAAAACAGACGGACUCUUGGUCGAAAAAUUUGGAUUAAGAACUCGUGAUAAUGGACUAUUUUCUGGCAGAAACGUCCAGAUUCUUUCUCAACAAGACGCUUAUGAAAGCAGCCAACGUUGCACAAAUAUACUUAACGGCCUUGAACGGCUCAUGGCAAAUAAUUUAAUUGAUAUUUUUGGUUGUGAUUAUUCGUCGUCCGGCGUAAGCAUGAAUUUUAUUGAUAAUAAAUUAAAAACAUUUUUUGCACGCCGUAUGGAUGAUGGUCGACAUUAUGAUACAUAUUUUUUUUAUUUUUCUGGUCCAACGUGCGAUAAUGGAGAUAUAGUUUUAGCCGAUAAUCAAAAAAUAACAUUGAAUCUUCUUUUUCAAUGGUGGUGUGAGAAUGAAUCAUCAUCAUCAUCGAGACUUAUUCUUGUUUUUGAUACAUAUCAUUCACAUAAAUGGUUAAAACAAAUACGUUGUCAAACAUUUAAUAACACAUGUAAACCAAGUGUUUACAUUGUUUUACAAACAUUUAAUCAACAAAAGAAAAUGCCAAAAUUAAUUGAAUUAGGCCAAGUACAUUUAGGUAUUUUUACAGAAAUAUGGCUUAAAUUAAAUAUGACUGAUGAAACAUCAAAAACAAGUCAUGAUUCAAAUGCCUCAUGGCGCGCAAAUCAUCUCGAACCGAAAUGUUCAUUUUCAUAUUAUUAUCCUGAGUUCAAUUUUCGUCAACCGACGAAUGCUGAUGUUGAUACUUAUUUGAAUGAACAUUUAUUUUUGAAGCGACUUCAUUUUAUUUAUCAUCUUUUAACAUACAUUCCAUCAUUAUUUAUUUAUCCAUUUUUAUACACAUUUAAUUGUAUAAAACGAUGGAGAUUCCAUUUAUUAGCACCACGCGUGAUUGAUACUUAUCAUGGUUUUAAACUGUUUGUUCGGUGA